UCCGAGUAGUUUUUUCCACCGGCAAUCGAACACACCAUUAAUGCUUGACGGCAGAAAUAAUAAUGGCAGUAGUACUACCCCGGGCGUGCUAUCACAAUAAAAUCUAAUACUACUUAAGUAUUGUAGUUGCCACGUAAAUAGAGCGCUAACAGUCAUACCCAAUGAUUUAUGGAAGUGUAGUCUUGCUUUCCUGCUGGAACUCCAAUGGGAAUUAAAUAAUAAAGGUCAGUAAUCAGUAUUAUAAUAUGACCUUACAUUGGCAAAUUGCUGUAAGCGCGUCACACUCAGCUUUAUUGAGGAAAAAACUAGUCAAAGUACUGUAUCAGUUCAACCAAUUGUUGAUGUUUUAGAAAUGGUAUGAACUCCACGAGUACUGAUAUAUUGCAACUAUCAAUUUUGAAUAAAUGUCAUGGCGGAAAAAUCUACAAGGCAGAGCCGUUUAGCCAUUUAAAAAAAAAAACAGUAAAUGUCACUGUCAACUUGACAUAAUCAUAAAGUUAGGUCCGAAGAUUUUAUAUAUUUACCUAAUGUUUUCAGUUUUUCACUUUUACUUCAGAUUCUGCCGUUCAGCGUUAUUCAAAAUAUUAUAAUUUAUUAAUUAUAAUAGGGAUAACAAUCAGUUGCAUUGCUUGGCAUGUAAAUAUGGCCAUCCGAAACCUAGUAUCAGUGUUGUUCUCAAAGACUCCAUACAUUGUGAACCCAAGAAUAUACUUUCAUUCGUAUGAUCUAUCGUGUAAAUUAACAAGAGAGGCUCGAUUAUCUAAUUUAAAUGUGAUAUAUAGCAAUAUGUUUGCUAUAACGAUCAGAGAACUAUCUAAAUAUGAAUCAGAAACUAAAAAAACAAAAGUAAAUGAUGCUACAAAACUCAAUUUAGUUAAGGAUCUUAAUUUUAAAACAGAUAAUGAUGCCCUACCUUUUUAUAAAUUACCUGUAAAGACAUUACUUCACAUUUACAAGACUACAAAGAAAGAUGAAGAAAAUGGUUAUUGCAAAAACAGAUUGUACUACAUUGCGGAUCGAAUCAAAUGUCCUCCCUCUGUUCUAAGUCAAUGUAUUGCUAGAAGAACCUUUAUAUACAACUUACCAUUCAAUUGGCUUGAAAGUUCCUUGAACGUUUUGCUAGAUAUGGGCGUGGCAGGAGACCGCAUACUGAGAGAUUUAUGGGUACUGAAAUAUCACCACAAAACUAUAUAUGAGAGACUACAGAAAGUUAAAAACACAGGAAUUGAUACCCUAAAUCCUUGGAUGGUUAGGUGUUCUGAAGAUAUUCUGAAUAGGUCCAUUCAAAUAUUCCAGGAAACAAAGUCUAUCCUAGGAGAUAACAAGUCUACGAAGAUGUACCUUGCUAAUCGAUUGAACAUCUCUCCAGAGAUCAUUGAGGAUAUGUAUAGAAAAGUCCCAGCUUUGAAAACUACCAGAGCUGUUAAGGUAAAAAACUUUUUAGACUUUCUGUUAGAACAGGGCUUUAGUCUUGAAGAUAUUACAAGUAAAGCCAGAAUUCUCACAGCGUCUCAAAACACAGUAAAGCAGAGACUUGAAAAGUUAAGAGAUUUAGGUUUGCAUACAAUUAAUUUGAAUGUUUUGUGCAGAAGUAGAAAAGAUUUUAAAAAAUAUUGUGAAUCAAUAGAAACUAUUACUAAAGAGCAAUCGUAAAUUAUUUGUUUUACACAAUACAAUGUUAUUAAAUACAAUCAA